CUUUCACGGUGUUUGACGUCAUUGCGAAGAGCCUGGUGUGUAUACUCUACUUCGUACGAGUCAUUCUUGAUGAUAUGUCAACGUACGAGUGUUCUGGCGAUCCGUGCCAAGUCGUCAACGGCACAAAACAAUCUUCAGGUUCAUCUAAGGUCAACUGGCAUGUGAUGUUAUGGGUCCAUCGUCCAAUGUGGCUGUGGGUCAUGCAAGUUGUCCUCUCUGUGAUAACGUUCGUCAAGGGUCUAUUAAAAAUUUAUGUCGCAAAGGGUAAUAGAAGUGAGCAGUUUCUACAAGCCAACUUCAUCCUGGAGGUGUUCAGCUCCGUCCCUUUUAUUGUGACACUGUGCUAUCCUCCGCUGCUACAGAACCUUUUUGUACCGUCAUUUCUAUCAUGUUGGCUUGUGAAGAAAGCUCUCGAUAGAUUACUGAAUGACCUGCAUCGUACUAGACAGCGAUUCCAGACUAUUUCUGUGACACUCUCUCAACAGUGUCUGAUUCUCAUCGCCACGCUUUUCUGUAUGAUCUUUACCACGAUCUGUGGUAUACAGCACAUCCAGCGAGCAAGUGCUGAGGUUCAACUCAACAUGUUCGACGCAGUGUAUUUUGUGAUAGUAACGUUCUCAACUGUGGGUUACGGGGACAUAUCGCCCGAUAUCUGGCCGUCACAAGUGUUCAUGAUCCUAAUGAUCUGUAUAGCAUUUGCCUUUAUUCCGAUGCAGAUCCAGAUGAUAGCCUCCACGAUUGCGGAGCGUAUGAAGUUUGGCAGUGAAUACAGUGAACGACGCGCGGCAGGGUGUAAACAUGUGGUCGUUGUCUCGCGUACCCUACAGACAGACACUGUCAUGGACUUCUUGCUCGAGUUUUAUGCUCAUCCAAAACUAGAGGAACAUGUUGUGGUCUUGAUGGCCUCGGAACUAAUGGAUGUGAACAUGCAAGUGAUCCUGAAGGACCCAAAAUGGUCGCAGCGCGUCGUGUACAUGCGGGGAUCCGUUCUCAAGGAUACAGACCUGAAACGGUGUCGUAUAGCCAGCGCAGAGGCCUGCUUUAUUCUCGCACCUCGUUACAUCAAAGACAGGACACAAGCUGACCAGCACACGAUAUUGAGGUCAUGGGCUGUGAAGGACUUUGCUCCAAAGUGUAAACAGUACAUCCAGCUUUUUAAACCGGAGAACAAAAUCCACGUCAAGUUUGCAGAACAUGUCGUUUGUGAAGAUGAAUUCAAAUACGCGUUAUUGGCGAACAACUGUUUGUAUCCUGGAUUAUCUACCCUUGUAUCGCUGCUGGUUCACACGUCUGGCGGAUUGUAUGGGAAAGGUUCGAUAGAAGGAACCAUUCGCAGUGACAUUGUUCGUAAAUAUCAUAUCAGUGAAGGCGAGCUGGCAACAGACCAAUGGCAGCAGACAUACGGUCGUCACUCUGGUAACGAGAUCUACCACAUACAGCUGGAGCGGAGUCUCUUUUUCAGCAGUUAUGUGGGAAAAUCUUUCACUACGGCUUCUGCUGAGGCGCAUCAGAGGUUUGGCAUAUCGCUUGUGGCCAUACUUGACACAACUGUUGACGAGCCUCAUCUCCAACUCAACCCCGGGCCCAGCUACAUACUCAAGGGCUCCGAUUUCUGUUUCUACAUGAGCGUGACCAAGGAGGAAUAUGCAAAAAUACAGCCGGACGCACUCAGGCAAGACGAUACCAAGUCUACACGAGCAAAAAAUAUGGAGCGAAUGGCAGCAGAACUUCAGCGGAUGUUGGACUCAGAGGAUGAAGAUGAGGAUUACGGUGAAGAAGAGAGCGUGUUCAACACCAUCACCAUACAACAGGGUUACGAGUUAGCUAACAGGGUGAAGAGGGCCACGUACACUACUGGGGAGAAGUCCGACUCUUCCUCAUCUCUUCCAUCACCUUCACCUUCACAGGACAUGCACCACCAGGCUGUGAUCAACAACUUCAAGAAAAGCCCCACCAAGUCACCAAAUGCCAAUGGAGACACGAAGGCAAAAUUCCACAUUGACCCAACUGACCAGUUUGACCAUAUAGAUGGCACAGGUCCUCCUGACCGCUCACAGGUCCUGGAACAAUACCUGGACAUGAACCAAGAUGAGUUUACCUCCCCUUCUCACAGUUAUGUGAGCAGUGAGGAUGAAGAUCCAUUUAAAAAGGAGAGAAUUCAACAAGUUCUUCCAAAUAAUGAUUUGUCUCCCUUUGAGUUUGUUACGGGGCCACCCCCUGUGACCCUCUAUGUUGGCUCAAAAAGGGCCAUCUGUCACCUGAUGAGGGAGCGGAGACCCCUGUGCUGCCUGGAGUGGGGCGUGAAAUGUUCGCACUGUACAUAUAAGAACACCAACGACGAACGCUGGACGAACCAGCUGAUCAUUCUUGCAGCAGAACACGCGUGUAAUGGCAUCUACAACUUUAUAGUGCCGUUGAGGUCACAAUUUAUCGGCAUGAAGUCGCUGUGUCCCAUAAUUCUUCUAUUGGAGGAAACGCCGGACGUAAUAUUUCAGGAAACAAUCUCAUAUUUCCCUCUUGUCUACUGGAUGCUGGGAUCUAUAUCGAGUGUGGAUGACCUAUUGAAGGCAGGAAUCAACAAAGCGUCACAUCUUGUGGUCGUAAACAAGGAGCAGAGUGAAAAUGAGAGCGAGGACACGCUGGCCGACUCCGAGACCAUUGUUGCCGUGCAAACCAUAUUCAAGCUGUUCCCGAAUGCCAACAUUAUUACGGAGCUAAACCAGGCAUCAAACAUGCGGUUCAUGCAUUUCCGCGCCCAUGACGAAUACUCACAGAAAAUCUCUGACCUAGAAAGGAAACUGAAGUCAAGCAUGACGUCAAACUUGAGCCAUAUAUUCCGUCUGCCAUUUGCUGCAGGCCAGGUGUUCAGUGCCAGUAUGUUAGACACACUGCUUUAUCAGACAUUUGUAAAAGGAUACCUCAUCACUUUUGUACGCCUUUUGCUUGGAAUUGACGCUGAGGAAAACUCUGGACAUCUCUCCAGUAUUCGAAUCAAGCGGACGACCCUUGCACGCUACCGCACAUACGGAGAACUAUACCACGCUCUGUGUACAACAACGGGAGAAGUCCCGAUUGCUCUGUACCGAACCGAUAACCAGUCAGCAAUCAAAUCAGCCAGUCCAACCUCUCCUACACCACCGAACAACAACACAGAGCAGGCCAAUGGCAAGAAGCUGACGCAUCACCGUGAGCCGAAGAAAGUGAACAGCCAGCUGAACAUUCAGAAACACUGGAAUACUCAGAAUCCGGAGCGCGAGGACAUCUCUGAUCUCAUACGGAACAGAAUGAAGAGUCUCGACCUCACUAUUGAUGACUACUGUUCUAUGGCAUAUAAGAAGAAUGACAUUUGUUAUGUGAUCCUUAACCCUUCCCCGAAGAGAAAACUACGCACUGGUGACCUUGUCUACGUGAUUCAGCCCAGCUCUAUGUACGCCAUUCCAAGUCGUAUCACCCGGCUAAAGCAAAACCGACGUAACUGGACACCUCCGUUAAAACGCUCUGGUUCCGACACAAACAUUACACUGAAAUUCCCAGACGAUGCCAACUUCAGUAGAGAUCGCACAAGCUCAUUGUCGGAUCGGAAACCUAAGAAAAGGUUUCACAUUGGAUCUGUUGAGAAUUGACUUUAAUAUUGCAGUUUCAGAUAUAGUUGGUUGUAUGAGUUAAAGUGUUGUUUAAUGUUGGUUUUCGAAGUUAUUGAUGUUCUUGUUAAAACUUAAAAAUAGUUUGUUUUAUUAUUUUAAGUGUUGUUAAUUGUUUGAUUACGGAAUAGUAGCUGUUGUGAGUGGCACUUAAGAUGUUAAUUAAAGGCAAAGCUCCUUGUAGUUUCAAAAAAUGAAGACGUUGUCAUGUAUUGGCUGUAUUUCAACUGUCAAUGAUUUAAAUAUAUGAGGCCCUCAUAGUUGAUAUAUCAGUGGUCACAGAUCAUUGCCAAUGCCUUUCAAACAAGUUAACUUACAAAAAUAUUUUACCAGGGGGCCUCACAACGUGUUCCGAAAUUAAGAUGAUGGACUUUGUGUAUCUAUCAGUGUAAACUAUGUCUACAACGUUAUAUUGGACAUAGAAGGUAACCCAAUCUCAGGAAGCUUUGCCUUACACCCAGACCUAAAGCUGUCCUCUACUUGCCUAGCUUUCAGACUGAAGAAAUUGAAAAAUUGGACUUGUAUAUUGAAUACAUGAAAUGUAGAAUUAGUCCUAAAAUAGCGGGGAGAGGGUGGUGAUAUAUUGUGAAAGUCACAUUUGAUGCAAUUUAAUUAUUUAUCAUUUUGCAUAGUAAGUUGUCAUGUUUAUGAAAUAGACUUGAGAUUAAAAUGAAUGUUUAUAACAUAAUACAUAAUAUUUUAACAAAGUGUGCAUACCAUUAUGUUCGUUGAAUCAAAAAUGGAUUCCCCUUAGAAAUUAGAGCAUUAUUUGCCCUUCAUUUUGCAAACCUUCAGUUUGUGGGCGUAUGUUUAAAAAUUGUCAAACUAUAGUCAUUUCAAGGAAAUAUAGCCAAGGUAUAGUCAGUUUCAAAAAAAUCAUGGUACAUGGUAUAGUCUGCUUCUGAAAACUUUGCUAAAAUAUAGUCAGUUUCAGGGGAAAAUGCCAGAGUAUACAUGUAUACCGUAGUCAGUUUUGGAAAAUAUUGCCAAGGUAUAGUCAGUUUCAAAAAGCAUUGUCAAGGUAAAGGUAGCUUCAAGGGAGUUUAUCCAGGUAUAACCAUAGCAUCUAGGUGUUGUCAGCAGUAUAAGUGUGCCAUUACCCUAAUUUUUGGCUAUGGCAUAACUGAAUAGAGUAGUUUACUGUACUUGCCCAACUUAGCAACUUUCCCAGUCCCAUUUUCUGUUUUUCUGUGCUUUAUAUAACCAUGUUCACUUCCUGCUGUGCUUGAUUUAUGUAUUUUAAUCAAUUGACCGAUUGCCUGUUUUAUCAACCUCAGGUUUGUGCCGGUGCAUGAAUCCAAGUUGACGUGUAAUAGCUCACCAGACAUUACCACCUCUAAGUUCUGAUGCGCAUUGUGGUAUACCAGUGCUUUCACUACCCUAGAAAACCACCAAAUUUUACAAACUGCUGCAAAGUAAACACAAAAUCUGGAUUUAAAAAGAAAAUGAGUAUGUCGCAAAGUGGUGAAAGGCUUUAUUUUACACUUUCCUUAUAUCACAAACAAUAAUUGAAUUUCACAAACUGCUGAUUUUAUGAAUUGCUUAUUGCACAAACUGCUGAUUUUAUAAAUUGCUUAUUUCACAAACUGCUGAUCUUAUGAAUUGCUAAUUUCACAAACUGAUGAUUUUAUGAAUUGCUAAUUUCACAAACUGCUGAUUUUAUUGUUCAGUGUUGUACAAACUGCUGCAAGGUUUUUGUCUUCGCAUCUGGAGAGUUUUACCUGAUUCCUAAGCUUCCUUUUCAAAAAGUAAUCCCUGUUGCGCUAGUAAAUUCAUAGACAUGGAAUCCAUUACCAUAAUAUCAAUUAUAAAUCUGCCAUUGAUAUAUAUUGCAAAAUAGGAUUGUCCGUAUUUUAGCUUUCUGAGUUCACAUCAAAACAAGUACAAUGUAUCUUUGCAGUGUUAGAUGAUGACAUCAGAGGAAAUAUUAAAAUUAAUAACAAUGUUGAAACUGCUCUUCUAAAUGAUUUUCGAUGCUUUUACUGUAGAAUUGUUUUUAUUUGAAACAGUACUGCUGCCGUGUUUGUCUUUGUAAUUCUGCUUUAAUUUAUUUUCUUUAGAUUCUCAGCUGCAUUUAAUCUUGUUUUUUUCUUGGCAAUUUGCAAGUUCUUCACGUGUCAUGGCUUAAACAUUGAAUAAAAAAAUACAAAUGCGAGAAUCUAGAUACAUGCUUGUUUGUUUGUAGUUUUCAUGUACAUUAGAAUUAUGAACCGUUUAUUGUGUAAAAGGGACCAAUGAUUUUUGACGGGACCAAAAGAUAUAUUUUACUGUGAUUAAUGUCUGUUACUGUUGAUAAGACAUAGUUGAUAACAUGUGUUUGUUAGCAUGGAUAACAUGUGUUAUUUGUUUGUUAAAUAUUGAUGUUUUCACAGUGCUCUGUGUUUGGUAUUAACUUUUAUGAUUAUGUAUGAGGUUUCCACUUUUUGUCAUAAAAUUGUAAAUAUCCCAGGAAUUUCAUAUCCUUCAUUUCAGGAAAAAAAUAUGUUGUAAUAUUUUUGGGCAUCAAAUAUGUUGUAAUAUUUUUGGGCAUCAAAUAUGUUGUAAUAUUUUUGGGCAUCAAAUAUGUUGUAAUAUUUUUGGGCAUCAAAUAUGUUGUAAUAUUUUUGGGCAUCAAAUAUGUUGUAAUAUUUUUGGGCAUCAAAUAUGUUGUAAUAUUUUUGGGCAUCAAAUAUAAAAUAUAAAUUUUAAGCAUUGAAAUGAUAUUCUCUGUUUAUAGGAGACUUAGUAAUUGUUUAUUAUGAAGCAGUAGGACUCGUUGAAGAUGUUCUCUUAAACUUUGACAAACAAGGAAUAUUUUUUCUGCUUACUAUUGUUGUGUUGUAAAUACUUGUUAGUGUAUAUUUUUUAAUUUGUUUAUGUUCGAAUUCGCCAUGUGUUCAUAUAUCCUUUAUUUUAAUUAUAUAUAUUUUCUGUAUGAUAUGAUAUGAUAUGUAUAUAUGUUAAGCGAUGUCACCAUGAUAACUGUGUCAGCACAUAUCGAACAAAAUCAAAUACCUCAGCUCCUACAUUUCUUGUAUCUUGGUCCAUCCUUAAAGAUUGUGUGUGUGUGCGUGCGUGCGUGCGUGCGUGCGUGCGUACGUGUGUGUGCUGUCAUCCUAAGACCUUUUCAAAGUUCAUGCAAUUUUAGACUUCUUUUUUAUUGAGUUGGGAAAUAGCCCUUGGAUUAAGCCAGGUUUGUUUAGUGUGAAGUUGUCACUGAGUCAUAAAAAAUAUUUUCUGAACUAAAAGUUUGAGUCUGGUCAUGUCAAACACAUUUUUUAAGGAUGGCCGAAGAUGUGUCUCUUGAUUUGUUUUCAGAAAUCUAAAAAAAAUUAUGAACUGUAAUUCUGCGAUGUUUUUGUCUUGUUUUGUGCAUUUAUAUUUGCUUCACUCAAUUUCAGAGUCACUAUCACCGGUCAGAGACUUACAACUCCCUGGGUUGUAACUAAAAAUUAAUCACAUUAAAUUAUUUAUAUUAUAAUUUCAAUGUGCGUUUAAUGGGAGUUUUCUUUUAAAGAAAAAUCUCUAUGGUUACUCAUUGUCGAAUCUCAUUUAGUUCAUGACUGCUGCAACAUAGUUUUCAUCAGGUGUAACGAAAACAGAUUGUUUUUUUCUGGUUUCCCCACCCGACUCUAAAUUUGCUUUAUUUUUCACUCAUUUUUGGUACAUGGUUUUGGGUAGGGCCUAAAAAACAACAACAUUUGUUUUGGGUUACUCGACCCUACCUACGAAACAGGCGCCGACCUUACUGUUUUUAUAGAUGGGGGGGGGGGGGGGUCAGUGAAAUCGGAAAGAAGCAAUUCUAUUUUUACUUUAUUGUAUUUAGAUUUAAAUAUUCAAUCAGAUUUUAAAUACUCUGUUUUAGAGGCCAAAUUAUGUAUCUUUGUUUAAAACAAAUACUUAUUGGCAUUAAACUAUAUUUAACAUGUAACAAGUGUUUAUGUUGAUUCAUCAAUACCAUAUUGUUUGGAAAGCUAUGAAAAGUCUGAUACAUUUCUCUCUUCUUAAAUAAGUGUUCAUGCCACAGUGAGGAAAAAAACAUUAUUUGAAAAAAAAAAAAAAGUUAGUACUACCUGUUUUAACCAAUAAUUUACAUAUUUUAUCAAUUUUACAACAAUACAUUAUUUGAAGGAAACACACGCAUAUAGACAGUUAUUUUGAUUGACUCCAUCAUUCAAAGCUCAUUGUCUUUUUGUCCUAGUAUAACAAUAUUAUGGUAUAUUUCAAUUAUCACAUACAUGUAUUGCGUUUUACUCAGAAGAUGUUUAGUGCCACAAUCUAUAGGCAUUUGUGUAGCAUAUAGUAGACAUUAUUUUGGCAUUGUUUAGUGGAUGCCUACAUUCUGUACUGAGAAUUCUGUUAUGUGUAACACAAGUUAUAACCUAAACUGAAGAUUGAAUAACCACUCAACCUAUCAACAUAUAGUGAUUUUAUUUUUUAUAAUAGAUCUAUGGGACUUUUUUGCACAAAGAUAUUGGUUGAAACCAUGGUAAGUUUAAAAUUUAGAUAUGCGAACCUAUGCAUUGGCAUUUGCAGCCUGUGUUGAGGGACAUAGCCAACUUUCAGUGACAACACUAAAUAAUUUGUAUGCUCUGUGCAAGACUGCUGAUUACAUCCAUGUUGUGCCAAGUCCUCAAAUUAUGAAGUUGGCCAAAAGAAGGUUACUUUUUACAUGACUGUAAAUCUUAAUAUUUUAAGCGCUUCAAUAAUAAAAAAUGCCUAAUUCCACUAUAAUUCCUCAAAUUCACCAUAAGCACUAAAUAAAAUUUGUUUUUAAAGGAAAAUGUGUAAAUUUAGCCAUUUAAGUUGAACAAAAAUAAAAUCAUUAUUUUACAGAAGAGAAGUUCACCAUAAUUAUACUGCAUUGUCAUGAGUUCGCCCCUUUUAAGGAUAAAAUCCCCCUUCAAUCCAUGUUUAAUCCUCCUUCUUGAACAAUCUACAUGUAUGUUCCAAAUAAUGGUUGUUUUGAAGUACAAAAUGGCCUUCCUGCUCAAUUUGUUCUUAUCAGUGGCUGUUUUAAAUUACAUAAUCGUUUAAACACACACUAUAGUCCCACCAGUGGCUGUUUAAAUUACAUGUAUAUAAUCCCUUAUAAAGCACAAUCUAUGUACAAUCCUAUGGUUGUUUUUAUGUAUAAAGCCUCUAUUCAAGCUCAAUCUUUUCCUACCAUUGAAUGGCUGUUUUGAAGGUUCAAUUUUUUUCCCACCAAUGGCUGUUUUGAAUCCCCCUUUAAGCACAACCUAUCUUCCAAACCAAUGGUUGUUUUGAAGUACAAAAUCCCUCUUUAAACUCAAUCUAUGUUUCAAUCAAUGACUGUAUUCGCCUGAACUAAAGUGUUGGUUUUUUUGCUUUAUUUGUAUCAAAGGGAAUCUUUUCAGGUAAAAUCACAUUCCUUUUUGUUUAAAUGCUAUAGCUGUUUACUCGUGGAUGCACUACAUACAUGUACAAUGUUCUGUUUCUUGGUUAUUUUAGUUUUGUUUCAGGUACAUUUUUUAUUCACGUAUUUUGAUGGUUUUAGUUUUUUGGUUAUCUGUAUGCCUCGUUCUAUUGGUAAUAUGUAUGUUUCUUAAGAGUUUCGAAUAUAUUCUUGCCAUGCAUUUCAAGUCAGCAUUUAGUUAUGUAUUUUCAACUUAUGGAAAGUCGCAUUUGAGUUUUACUAUUUACUUUACAGCGGUUACUUCCUUUUGUCAUACAGUACACUGCCACUACGCAUGUCAUGUGAUAAUGAUCAAUAUCAUGUGACGUCAUGCAAACAGUUAAGAUUUGCGUUCGUUGAAGUUAUUUUUUGUGUGUUUUUACUAAUUUUUAAAACAAUUUUAUUUAAAGGAACUUUACUUCAAUAGUGCAUAAAAUUUAAUAUGUGUAAAAAAAACUUCCCCAAAAGUAUAUACUGUAGCUGAAAUCCAUCUAUUUUCGUAGUGGCGGCAGAGGUUAUCUGGUCAUCAAGGGAGAUCACUGCGUAGGUGAUUGCAUAGUACUAACACACGUUUUUGUGUAAUCUGGGGCCAAUAAUACUCCCAGGUGUAAUAAACUACUUCAAGGUUAUUAAUUGUUUAUGUCCAAUUUUUAAGGUUCAUGAUUUUGAUAGUUGAAAAAUAUCACUGUAUCUUGCACAUAUAUGUGAUUUCACAGUAAUCAAGAUACCUUGAUUAUGAAUAAGUACAGUACUAAUAUUUUAUAUUUUUAAAACAUUUGUCAUUUAAAGGUGUUGUUUAUUGUCAAUGUACACUUAAAGUGUUGUUGUCAACACAAUUGUAUCAUAUAUUGUUAAAUAGAAUAAAAUGAUGUGACCAUGUCA